AUGCGGAAGAUGGAGUCAAAGAAUCUGGAAUUACUUUCACUCUGGGAAAAGGCACUGAAGUUGAUCGGUCCUGAGAAAGGUGUUGUGCACCUGGCCGUGGCGGCCGCUCUCAGUGCUGUGUGGGACCUGUGGGCGAAGCGGGAGGGACAGCCUCUGUGGAAGUUACUUGUUGACAUGGAUCCCAGGACACCGCUAUCCUGCAUUGAUUUCAGGUACAUCACCGACAUCCUGACUGAGGAGGAAGCCUACGAAAUACUACAGAAAGGUCAAGUUGGUAAAAAAGAAAGAAAAGAGCAAAUGCUAACGCAUGGCUACCCCUCCUACACCAUGCUGUGUGCCUGACUGGGGUCCUCGGACGACACACUGAAGCAGCUCCGCACUGAGGCACUGAAGGGCGGCUGGACCAGGUUUAAGGUGAAAGUGGGUGCUGAUCUCCAGGAUGACAGCCGCGGAUGCUGACUCAUCAGAAACAUGAUUGGACCUGAGAAGACUGUGAUGAUGGAUGCCAACCAGCACUGGGAUGUGCCCGAGGCCGUGGAGUGGAUGUCCAAGCUGGCUGAGUUUAAGCCACUGUGGAUUGAGGAACCAGCCUCCCCGGAUGACAUUCUGGGGCACACCACCAUCUCUAAGGCACUGGUCCCAUUAGGAAUUGGUGUUGCUGUGGGAGAACAGUGCCACAAUAGAGUGAUAUUAAAACUGCAGGCGAAAGCCGUGCAGUUUCUCAUUGACAGCUGCAGGCUGGUAAGUGUCACUGAGAACCUCCCAGUGCUGCUGACGGCCAAAAGGUUUGAAAGUCCCGUUUGCCCGCAUGCUGGUGGAGUUGGCCUCUGUGACCUGGUACAGCACCUGAUUCUAUUUGACUUCAUAUCAGUCUCUGCAAGCCUUACAGACAGGAUGUACAACUAUGUCGACCACCUGCACAAACAUUUCAAGUAUCCUGUUAUCAAGAAUGCCUUCUGCCCGGCCGGGCCUGGAUAUUCCACGGAAAUGAAGGAGGAAUCUCUAAAGAAACACCAAUAUCCAGAUGGUGAAGUCUGGAAGAAACUCUUUGCUGCUCAAGGGAAUCAAGUGUUUAGCCCUCACCCGUUUCUUUUUCAAGUGAAAAGGCUUAAAAUUUCUUGGGUAUGGUUUUACAAAAAUAGGGGAGAAAAAAAAUCAUCCUACCAAUGAAAACAAAUUCAGCACAGUCACAUUAACCUCAGGAAUCAGCUCAGUAAUUAUUGUUAAAUUGUUUUAGCAAAUAAACAUACUCGCCUACUUAAUCCUUAAAUAAAUUUAACUAUCUCAAAGUAUAAGAUGUUCUUAUAAGAUUUCUAUCAAGUGCUGGUACCCAGACAUUAAACUGUACUUUGAAAAUAAGCAGCAUGUUGCAUAAUUUGUUGGAA